AGCAGCACUGUAGUUUCAGUGGUUUGCAUGAGAGGUCGCUCGCUCCGUGUGCCACUCUUCCAUCACUGCGAAACAUGAAUCAUUGCGCCCUGGCUACAAUCGCUUGGUGAUCAUGGCGGACAGCGCAAGCGAGAGCGAUACUGAUGGAGCGGGGAGUAGCACAGCCGCCCCACAGUGUGCAUCGUCCUCAUCUUCCAGUAAACCAGGAAUAGUCAUUUCUCCGUUUCGACUAGAAGAGCUGACCAACCGACUAGCUUCCCUGCAACAAGAGAACAAAGUGCUGAAAAUCGAGCUAGAAACGUUCAAACUGAAGUGCAAAGCGCUUCAGGAGGAGAAUCGGGAUCUGCGUAAAGCUAGCGUCACUAUUCAAGCCAGGGCAGAACAAGAAGAGGAAUUCAUCAGCAACACCCUUUUCAAGAAGAUCCAGGCCCUGCAGAAGGAGAAGGAAACUCUCGCAGUCAAUUAUGAGAAAGAGGAGGAGUUUCUCACUAACGAACUCUCUCGAAAACUUAUGCAAUUACAACAUGAAAAGGCUGAGCUGGAGCAGCACUUGGAGCAGGAACAGGAGUUCCAGGUGAACAAGCUGAUGAAGAAGAUUAAGAAGCUGGAGAAUGACACCAUCUCCAAGCAGCUCACCCUGGAGCAGCUCAGACGAGAGAAGAUUGACCUUGAAAACACAUUAGAGCAAGAACAAGAAGCACUAGUUAAUCGACUGUGGAAGAGGAUGGACAAACUGGAAGCAGAGAAGAGAAUCCUGCAGGAGAAAUUAGACCAGCCCGUGUCUGCCCCUCCAUCUCCCAGAGACAUAUCCAUGGAGAUCGACUCUCCGGAGAACAUGAUGCGGCAUAUCCGGUUCUUAAAGAACGAGGUGGAGAGGCUAAAGAAGAACCUGAGGACUGCUGAGCUGCAGCACACGGAGAAGCGGGCGCAGUACAUCGAGGAGGAGCGGCACAUGCGGGAGGAGAACAUCCGGCUGCAGAGGAAGCUGCAGAGGGAGAUGGAGCGGAGGGAGGCGCUCUGCCGCCAGCUGUCCGAGAGCGAGUCCAGCCUGGAGAUGGACGACGAGAGGUAUUUUAAUGAGAUGUCUGCCCAAGGUCUUCGCCCCCGGACUGUGUCCAGUCCAAUACCUUACACACCUUCCCCCAGCUCCAGCAGGCCCAUAUCGCCUGGUCUAUCGUAUGCAAGCCACACAGUGGGGUUCACCCCUCCAGCCACCCUGACCCGGGCGGGCAUGUCUUAUUACAACACCCCAGGCCUCCACGUCCAUGUGGGCUCUUCCCACGGCAUUGCGCAGAGACCCUCUCCCAGAAGAAGCAACAGUCCUGAUAAAUUUAAACGUCCAACGCCCCCACCCUCCCCCAACACACAGUCUGGGGUGCAGCACCCACCCCCGCCGCCUCCGCAGCCAAUGGCAGUGCAGUCCUCCUCUUCCCAGCAUUCAGUGCACCCUCCCUCACAGCCUUAGAGCAUGGCCUGCAGCUGCGGACUGGGACAGAGCAAGUCACCCGAAGCCAAAGGCUUACCCGUCAUGUAUGGAGUUGACGUACUUGCACUGAUAUUAUAUAGGCUUCACUGUUAACUGUGUUGUAAAUGUUUAGAAUGCAGCCAGUGUUGUGGCAGUGCGACACUAAACCCCAGCAACACAUUCUCGUCAGUGCUUACUGGAACUACGCCUGUUUUCAUUUAUUUUUAUUUUUAAUUUUUUCCAUUUCGGAUGCAUCGGAAAUGUUUACCACUCCAUCUAUGAUAUGAAACAUAUAAUAUUCAAGUUUAAAGCCGUUGAGGUCUGAUGAAAAAGGGAACCCAUAUCUAUAUCUCCCUGUACAGCUUCAAGUCGGACAGACCCCAGAAUUAAUUUGCAGUGUCCCUGCAAGGAUAUUAGAUUCCUCAGCUAUUGUAGAUUGAGCACUACAUUUGAAAUGCACAGUGUUGAUAAAUACUGAUAGACACCCCCGCUAGUUGUCAUUGUUCGUGUCAAUGAUUGAAAUGCACAGUCCCUUUGCGUGUAAAACGGAGUGCUUGAAAUAUCCUCAUUUGGGUUGGGAAAAAAAAAUGCAUUCAUCCUGCUAUAAAAACGAUAUAAAUAUACACAUUCAAGGUACGGCAGAACAAGAAAAAUAAUGUAGUUUAAAAGCUUGUAUAAUAUGAUCUUUUUUCUUAGUGUGGGAAUUCUUGAUAUUAUUUAUGUAAAUGUGCAAAAAUGCAUUUAUCCAUAUGAAAUCAUUGAUCACAAAGUUGUUGUUCUUUUUUUUUUUUUUUUUUUUGAACACAUUUUCUGUCCUGAAUGCUCCUAAUAGAUUCUCCAAGGAAAGUCAUCAUUGCUUCUGAGAAACACAAAAAAGUUGGUGCGAUAACAGCAUUGCAGACUGAGCUGCACAAGCAGUCCAGUAGAGCUCUCAAUGCAGGGGUCUAUCAGAAAGAUUCAAAAAUUAACUGUGUCCUGUUCACUGUUUAGCUGUGUUUGGUAAUUCAAGUAGUACAUGGCUGACAAAGCUGACAAGUGUAGAAUACUUUGGUUGUGACAAUGUUCAUGCAUUCUUUGCACCAUUAUGAGACGUGGCUGAGUUAGCAGUGGACAGAGUACUUGGGUUUUUCAAAUAAGGGAUUCUAAGGCUAACAACAACAUGCUGCUGGCUGAUAUUUACGCUAAACCUUUAAACACAUUAUGUCUCUGCUUAACUCUGAAAUUCCAUAAAGGAAAGCACUCUGAAAAAUGAACAUUGAAUUUUUACAGAAAAAAACAUUAGGAUUCUCAGCUGUGACUUGCGUCCUUUACCUAGUCUGGUUCUUGCUUUUGGGUUAUGAAUAUUUCAAUAUUUCAUCAAUAUUUCAGUGUCUGUGUAAUUGCUAUCACUGUGAUCUUGCUGAAUAUCUUGUAGAAUAGCUCCAUGAUCCUCAGAUCAUUGUUAAAUACUGCUAUGGUAAAUGGUAAACUACAUUACUUGCAAUAAUGGCACGAGUGAACAUACCAUGAGAGAGAGUGAGAGUGAAAGUGAAAGUGAGAGUGAGUGGGUAUACGUACAUGUGUUUUUAAGCUUUGCAGAACUUUGUUGAAUUCUCAAAAAUAGUACAUCAGUAAUCAGUCUUAAACUUUGAUUUCGUCCACCAUGUUGCUAACUGACAUCUGAAAGAAGGUAAAUAAGUUAAAUGAGGAAGCAUUUAGCACUUAAGUUGUGUCUUAAGUCCUGUGUAUCAAAUAACCUACAUAUUCUAAGUGGCUUUGAGGGCACUUGCAAAGCAAACCGAAAUUUGUGGUCUUUUGAUGAUACCUGCCAGUUACCAUAAUACUGAGGGUGAAAUGCACAAUUUCCACCUUCAUUUACUGCUAUGGUGACUCUGCCCUCCACUCAUUGUUUAGCACCAUUGUAUACAGUUUUGACAUCAAGUAUUUUCACUUAAGAUUUGGGGCUUAUGUUGGAAUCUAUUUCAUCAACAUCAGUGGGGAUGUUUUAUAUACAGGGUGCCAGGCACUCAUUCUUGAUUUCCUUUUCUGUUUUUUUUGUCUUUUUUUUUAUUUCAUGUUGUAAAUAUGCUUAAUUUCAUUGUUAUAAGAAAUCGUUUACCAGUGAAGUGUUCAUAUACAUUUCAUAGUUUUACCAGACCCAUUCACAAGUAUUUUUUUUUCUGUUGAAUUUAGGUUGAUUUUUGGGGUGGGGGUGUUUAUAUCUUCAACAGACUGUUGACAAAUGAAUGUAAAGUUUGCUCAUGUUUUACUGCUAUCAUUAAUGGAUGGAACACCUUCGAGCCUUAACUCACUGUGGUAUUGCUCACCGUCAGCAUUAUCUAGCUUUUCCCCACAUCAAUAAUUAAAGCCUUAAUAUGUGGUAUGAUCAGUGUUUUGGUGUAAAUGGUCCUACUCUGCAUGUCUUGCAUAGUAUCUUGGUCAAAUGUUUGUGUCCUCAGGGCAUGAGGUUUGUCCGUUAUAAGCUGGUCUUCCUGAUUAUCUACAUUUUAUGGAGGUCGAAAGGUUGUAUCAGUGUGGAACACUGGGGACUGCUCAGCCUCAUUAUUUUCUUAGCCCUUAGCCUUGGACAAACAUUUGACUGGGGACUUGGGAUUGUGACACAAUUCAGUACACAAGUACAUAUGCUAUGUUUGUAUGUGUGUGCAGGGAAAAUCCCCAGGCCCGAGCCGAACUAUGGAGCCCGAACAGUGUACCCUCCGACCCCCUUAACAGCGGCCCUGUGUGUGUGUAUCAUGUAUGUGUUGCUUGUCUCACAGGCAUUGCAAGUAAUGUGGACUCAGAAUUGUUGUUUGUGCAAGACAUGCCAUGUCUCUCUUUAGAGCUUUUUCCUGCGGCACAUGAAAAUCUCCAUAGCUUUGCUGGCCUUUCAUGCCUAUACCAAUGUUGGGCCUGGGUCAAAUGUGUAAUUGUUUUGGAUUUAAAUGUUUUUCUGUGCUCGAUUAAUCUUGCCUGGUACAAUUCAGCCAACCAAUUUUGUAGGUUCCAAUUCACCAGACAAGCUCAGUAAAGCAUAGAAACGUAUUUAAAUCCAAAAUGAUUACCUGUUUGACCUAGGUCUGACCUACAUUACUCUGAAAUUAAAGGGACUUUCCUUUUCCACAUGUACUCUUCACCCUGGUGUAGUUAUACUGUUGUAUAAAUGUAUCAUUUACACAUGCUUUUCUCCCCAGCUUUAGUAGAUUAAACCGUAUUUAAUCUUA